AUGCAGAAGCUUGAGCUGACUGGUGGUCAGACGCAUUGCUGUUCCACAGACUUAAUCCGGGGGGCGACGACCCUUGUAAAAGAAAGAAUAACAGGCCUGACUCCAGGCUUCCAUAUUCAUGCUCUUGGUGACACCACCAAUGGCUGCAAUUCCACUGGGCCUCAUUUUAACCCACUAAAAAGGGAUCAUGGAGAACCAUCUGAUCAAAAUCGUCAUGCCGGUGAUUUGGGGAAUAUUAUUGCUGGUGCAGAUGGGGUUGCUGAGAUCUCAAUCAAAGACAUUCAGAUUCCACUUAGUAGUCCACACUCCAUCUUGGGGCGAGCGGUUGUUGUGCAUGCUGAUCCGGAUGAUCUGGGAAAAGGUGGACAUGAACUUAGCAGGACUACUGGAAAUGCUGGUGCGAGGGUUGGUUGUGGGAUUAUUGGGAUCCAGUCAUCCGUCUAGGAUGGAUUCCUUGCAUCCAACAAUAACAAUAGAGUUGCUUAUUUUGUAAUUUUCUCAUGUUGUGUGAGAAGUAAAUGGUACAAUAAUUAACGGGAGUUGUAAUUAACAACUAUAA